AUGGCGUGGUUGGCUGUUGCCCUGUGCAGGUUGUUCAGCAUGGGUCUGGUGAAGGAAGGCGUCGACAUGGAGGAGGGAACCCUGGAGAUCGGCAUGGAGUACAGGACUGUAUCUGGUGUGGCCGGGCCUCUGGUUAUCUUGGAAAAAGUAAAGGGCCCAAAGUACCAAGAAAUUGUAAACAUCCGACUUGGAGAUGGCACCACUCGCCGUGGUCAAGUCCUGGAAGUUGAUGGAGAAAAGGCUGUUGUGCAGGUCUUUGAAGGAACUUCUGGAAUAGACAACAAAUACACAACCGUGCAGUUUACAGGCGAGGUUUUGAAAACUCCUGUCUCACUUGAUAUGCUUGGGCGCAUUUUUAAUGGUUCUGGAAAACCUAUUGACAAUGGGCCCCCGAUAUUGCCUGAAGCCUACUUGGAUAUCUCUGGAAGUUCUAUUAACCCCAGUGAGAGAACCUAUCCAGAGGAGAUGAUCCAAACUGGGAUAUCCACCAUUGAUGUCAUGAACUCCAUUGCUCGUGGGCAAAAGAUUCCCCUAUUUUCUGCUGCUGGGCUCCCACACAAUGAAAUUGCUGCUCAGAUUUGUCGUCAGGCUGGCCUUGUGAAGACAUUGGAGAAAGGAAAGCAUGCAGAGGGUGGUGAAGAUGACAACUUUGCUAUUGUGUUUGCUGCUAUGGGAGUGAACAUGGAAACAGCUCAAUUCUUCAAACGUGAUUUUGAAGAGAACGGUUCCAUGGAACGGGUCACCCUUUUUCUGAAUCUGGCUAAUGAUCCCACCAUUGAACGUAUUAUCACCCCUCGGAUUGCUCUAACAACAGCAGAAUAUUUGGCGUAUGAAUGCGGGAAGCAUGUGCUUGUCAUCUUGACAGACAUGAGCUCUUAUGCAGAUGCACUUCGUGAGGUUUCUGCUGCCCGAGAAGAGGUGCCAGGUAGGCGUGGUUAUCCUGGAUAUAUGUAUACUGAUUUGGCAACAAUAUAUGAGCGUGCUGGGCGUAUUGAAGGAAGAACAGGAUCCAUUACCCAAAUUCCUAUUCUAACAAUGCCUAAUGAUGAUAUCACACACCCAACUCCCGACCUUACUGGAUACAUUACUGAGGGACAGAUAUACAUUGAUAGGCAGCUCCAUAACAGACAGAUUUAUCCACCUAUUAAUGUCCUGCCAUCUCUUUCUCGAUUGAUGAAGAGUGCUAUUGGUGAGGGCAUGACACGUCGAGACCAUUCGGAUGUGUCUAAUCAGCUUUAUGCCAACUAUGCAAUUGGAAAGGAUGUUCAGGCCAUGAAGGCAGUCGUUGGAGAGGAGGCACUGUCGUCUGAGGAUCUGCUUUACUUAGAGUUCCUUGACAAGUUUGAGAGGAAGUUUGUGACACAAGGAGCAUACGACACACGGAACAUCUUCCAGUCACUCGAUCUCGCAUGGACAUUGCUUCGUAUCUUCCCUCGCGAACUUCUCCACCGUAUCCCGGCAAAGACCUUGGACCAGUACUAUAGCAGAGAUGCCUCCCACUGA